AUGCGGACAACAAACGCCAGACGGGGCCGUUUGAGCUCCCGGCCUUUCUACACCACGGUCCUGCUGAUGUCGGUGUUGGCCGCGUACUCUUUCUGGGCAACAACGUCACAAAGACAGCAUCAUCACCAAUACUUGGAACAGAGCCACGAUGGCUUGGAGCUGCUCAGACGCUCCAAGAACAAGCACGAGUGUCGCCAGGUGCACACUGCCAAAGACAAGUGCGCCUUUGUCCUGGCUUACUGCGCCGAUGAGAAUGCCGGACUUGUUCCCUACCUCCAGCUCUACUAUUGCAAGCUGGGCAAAGCGCAGCCCGUUGCCUUUGUCCUGCUGGUAUCGUGGUUGGGGCUCUUGUUUACCACGAUCGGCAUCGCGGCGAGCGACUUCUUCAGCGUCAACCUUAGCACGAUUGCGACCAUCCUGGGCCUGAGCGAAAGUCUUGCCGGCGUCACGUUCCUCGCCUUUGGCAAUGGCUCCCCCGAUGUCUUCAGCACCUUUGCAGCCAUGAGGUCCAACAGCGCGAGCAUGGCUGUCGGCGAGCUCAUCGGCGCUGCCUGCUUCAUCACGGGCGUCGUGGCGGGUUCCAUGGCGCUGGUCCGAGAAUUUCGAGUGGACCGUCGGACUUAUGCCAGGGAUAUAUGCUUCUUCAUCGUUGCGGUCGCCUUUACUAUGGGGUUCUUGGCCGACGGAUCGCUGCGAUUUUGGGAGUGUUGCGCCAUGAUUGGAUAUUACCUUCUCUACGUCGUCACUGUUGUUGGAUGGCAUUGGUAUACAACAAGGAGGAAGCGUUUGCUGCGCAGAGAAGGAGAGGCACGCAGCCACUUCUACGGACUGACUGGUCACAGCGGCGAUGAGCUGGCUGGCGAGCCCUACCGAGACGAGCCCGACGAAGUGAGCCAAGAGCCAGAGAGACAUGCGCCAAGCACAAUUGGGGAUAGCAUCCUUUCGGCGCUGGAGCGCGGCCCGAUCAUCGAGGUUGAUGGUCAGGCAGCUGAGACGCCCAUGAGCGAGGACAGCGGAGAACCGGACGAAGACCAUGAACGAAUGGUUGCGGCGGAGGUGACACGAAGCAUGCGAAUCCUGCGUCCUCAGGGGAAGCGGCGAAACACAAUCACGCCGAUUCGACCCAGUCUGAUAGGAGCAUUGGAGUUCAGGUCUGCCCUGGCACAUUUGCAGCGGGAGAGCAACCUUCAGCUCUCACCUAUCCCAGCCAGGAGCUAUUCCGAAAAUCACGUCUACAGAGGGCGGAGAGGUAGCACGAGCGCCCUCUCUGAGAUAGUACCUGCCAUGCAACGACAUGCUUCAACCUAUGACGCCACAACCGCCAGCGGGAGAGAGAGAGCCAGGUCGCACGGAACUGCGCCAGUCUCGUCAUCUGUACCCGACGACCUGCUGAUUUCUGUGCAAGACGAUUCUGAUUCCAGCCUGGCUCCCCCAUACGACGGUGCUGGCAGCCAAAGGACGGCGAGCCCUGCACCAUCGUACCAGAUCGACGGCAAACUGGCCCCCCCUCCUAUCGACAUGAUAGGGGCUGCCGCUGGUAGUCAUCAUCUGCAACCGAUCACGGAAACCCCCACGCCUCGUCUUCAGCUGCAGAUACCGAGUCGACGCGGCAGCCUCAGUAGUACAACAUCGCCCGUCUUGCCGUUUCCUCAGUAUAGUGACUCCCCUAUGCCCAUGUCGCCAAAUACGCAGCCGGAGCAGGUUGGAUUCAGCGCGCUACCGCCUUCCGCUACCGUACGUGAGAGCCCAUUCGCCGCUCUGAACAGUACGGAGGCUGCCUCGCGGCCGGUUCGAUGGUGGCCAUACUCGUUUCUCCCCGCACCGCACGUUCUCCUUGCUACCCUAUUCCCGACAUUGCAAGGGUGGAAAGAAAAGGCAUUGUGGGAUAAGCUCAUCAGCGUCAUAUCGGUACCAAGCAUCUUUCUUUUGGUCAUAACGCUCCCGGUUGUUGAGUCAGAGACGUCCGGGGACUUUGAGUCUAUGGACGAUGGCGUUUCCUACCAUUCCGGUCAUCAUGGGAUUGGACACACAGCUCCGCCCAUAUCGAUUCAGCCAGGCGAGAUCGAACCCGAGAAUGAAUGGGAGCGUUUCCGGAGAUACUCGAUGCAACGCCGAAAUAGCGAUGCCAUGACUGGAAGUAUUCGAACACCGCUUCUGGAACUGCCGAAUGAGGACGCUGUGGGUGUAUCUCCUCGGACCCAUGAGCCUGGCGCGCCCAAGCCCCUAUCCGAAGUUCGAUCUAUUAGCCAAGGAAGCCAGGAGAAGCUGGGAUGGAACCGCUGGCUUGUCUGCCUCCAGUUCUUCACCGGGCCCCUUUUCGUCGUCUUCAUUGUCUGGGCAAACCUCUCGGAAGAGUGGGAGGACCCCAAGGGCACGCUGGUGCGCAUGAUUCUGUGGACGCUUCUUGGGUCGCUGAUUCUGCUGGCGGCCUUGCUUAUGCUUACUUCGGAGCAGAAGCGACCUGACAGCCACUUUUUGUUCUGCUUCUUGGGAUUCGUCAUCAGCAUUGCCUGGAUAUCGACUGUGGCGGGCGAGGUUGUGGGUGUUUUGAAAGCGUUUGGCGUUGUCUUGGGUAUCUCCGAGGCUUUGCUUGGCCUCACCAUCUUUGCGGCCGGCAACAGUGUGGGUGAUCUGGUAGCUGAUAUCACGGUGGCUCGACUUGGGUACCCCGUCAUGGCAUUGUCUGCCUGCUUUGGAGGGCCAAUGCUCAACAUCCUGCUUGGCAUUGGCGUGGGCGGUGUAUUAAUGAUGGUUGAAGACGCAAACCGCCAUAAGCACAAGCAUCCCGGGGAUGAUUACGCGUACCAGCCGUAUCGGAUUCAGAUCGGGGGCACCCUGAUGAUUUCGUCCAUCACGCUGCUCGUGAUCCUCGUCGGGCUGCUGAUAGCCGUGCCUCUGAACAAGUGGAUUUUAAGUCGCAGAAUCGGCUGGGCACUGAUCGCCAUCUGGUCAGCCAGCACGAUUGCCAACGUGGUUGUUGAAGUCACGGGUGCGCUUGGGGAUUUUGAUUGA